CUCUACCCCCCCCCCGAGCUGUGACCAGAUCACGGGCUUCCACUCUGCAGCCACCAUGGGGGACAGCUGCUACCUAUACCCUGUGGCCCUGAGGUGGGACGAGGGCCCCGAAGCCCUGAAACAAGUGAAAAACAAACUGCUGCUGCAUUUCCAGAAAAGGAAACUGUCUAAUGGAGGAGAAUGUGAGAUCCGAGAUCUGGACUGCAGCCGGGGGCACCUCCUGAUAUACUUCAGAGAUGAGGGGGUGCGGGAUCGGGUUCUCCAGAAGACAUCUCAGGAGCUGCAGUUACCGGGGAACAAGACGCUGAAGCUGGAUGUGACGUCUGUGGAGGCGCUGAGCGGUGGUCCGGUGCAGGACGUCCCCUCAGAAAAACCAGGAAGGAGUGAGCCGAUCCCAAAUCCAGCUGCAGACGUCUCACAGCAUGAAGCGGGAGGUCAGGCCCAGCAGCUCCUCUCCGAUGUGGUUCUGAUUGAGAACGUCCAGGACUCCUGCUCCGCUGAGAUGCUGACUCUGCUUAUAGAGAACAGUAGAGACCGGAAUGAUGACACCAAAUUUCACUUGGAGACAAUACCUGAAAUCCAUUCGGCCGCCAUCACCUUCACCAGCGACAUUGACGUCUUGAGUUUUAUCCAAAAAUUCUGCGCAAACCACAAAGUAAUUCAGAAAAACCUGAGAGCGAAGCCUCUAGAGGAGACGAGAAGCAUCAGGGCUGAAGGGUUACCCCCAAGAACAGAAGAAGACCUUAUCAUCCUCUACUUCGAGAACCCAAAGAUUGGGGGAGGUCAGGUAGAAGAGGCAGUGAUGAUCCCUGAAGAGGAGGCGGCGCUGGUCACCUUCUAUGAUGCACACGUUGUGAAGGUCAUAGUGGAAACUGAACACAUCCUUGGUAAGAAGGCCAUCUCGGUGUAUCGAUACUACCCCACCUUGGGUACAAUCCUAUAUGGGAGGAAAACACCUCAAGUAACAAAACCACUGCCGAUCCAGAUCCAGAUCAGUCCUUACUUAUUGGAGUUUAUAUGGAAAGACACAAGACUGAAGCAAAGCAUAGAGGAGGACUUGUCCAAUAAAAUGUGUGAGAUCAUAUGGCCAGAUCUAAAAUGCUCAGACCCUGUCAUCACUUUGUGUUUUCCCAACUCUCUGUCAUCACAUCUCAGGACUAUGGCGAAGGUUGGCCGCACGUGGACUGAGAAGGUCUCUGCAGCGUACUCAGUUAUUAUCUCAAGGUAUAAAGUCAUAGAAUGUAAAAUGCAUCCUUCAGCGUGGGAGGACAUCAAGGUACAGAUCUCCACUGCUGCUUAUGAUGGAGUAUUGGUCAAACCCACCGCUGACGCUGAGAAGGUCUUCCUGGCAGGUGCGAUUAGGGAUGUUAAUAAGAUUGAGCAGACGUUCAAGAAACUGGUGGAAGAAAACAGCAGAAAAGCCGAGAGAAGAAGUAAACAAACGACAAAGACAGAACCGAUGUCUGCUGCUCUCUAUCAUGUGAUAUGUAGCAGCGGUCUGGAGAAGAAGAUACUGGCAGAGGCCCCAGAGAUGAAGAUGGAGUAUGACCCGUCCACACACAACGUCCGGCUCACCGGGCUGCGGGAUGAAGUUCUUGAAGCCAAGUGUGAAAUACUCAGUGUUGUACAGCAUCUGAAAUCCAAAUCCAUCCAGCUGAACCCGCACGUCCUCCAGUACUUGAAGUUCGCUGACAACGAUGAGAUCUCUUGUCUCCUCUUUAUACGUCACAACAUCAAUGCUGUGAUCGAGAUGGAAGAAAACUCAAUCAAACUGACCGGUCACACAAAGAAAGACUUGACCGACGCAGAAGAGCAAAUUGGCCAAGAAUUAAUUUGUCAGCGAAUUCUAAUUGAGGACAAAAAUGUUCUACAAAGUCCAGAAUGGAAAAGUCUCCUAUCACAUCUUCUCCAGUCCCACUGUUCUGAGAUGUGCACGGUGAUGAUCGAGGAGUUCCCUCCCGGAGCAGAGAACGAUGUGGUGGUCGCAGGAUUGGCCUCCAGUGUACACAAGAGCUACAAAGAAAUCCAUGAAUUUGUGGAGAAAAACACUCCAGUGCAGAAGAACAUCCCGGUCAAGUCAGUUGCAGUCAUGCAGUUCAUUAUGGAGGAGAGACACCUUAUGGAAGUUCUGAAACAGAUUAAUGUGAAGGUUGUAACGAAGCAUAGACACAUUCACUUGGCGGGGGCCAAGAGUUACGUGGAGGAAGCGGCUUCCCAUGUGCAGACGACCCUGUCCUCCAUAUUUCAUGACACCUUACACAUUGAUAAACCAGGAGCCAAGAAACAUUAUUUGACCAAUGAGAAGAUGUACGUGCCACUGGUGAGGAGUAAUUACAAAUGUAUCAUCCAUUUACAGAAAGACGAGGAGGACGAUGAGAUACCUAAUGAAACAACUGGGGCUGCACCUCAAUACCAAGUACAACUGCCCCGUGGGGUGACCAUCUCCGUGUACAGAGGAGACCUGUGCUCGCACCACGCCGAUGUCAUUGUUAAUGCAGCCAAUGAAGACCUGGAGCACAUUGGGGGUCUGGCGCUGGCGUUACUGAAUGCAGCAGGACGCCAACUCCAAGAUGAAAGUGAUCGUAUAGUCCGUCAGCGGGGUCGCUUGGUCCCGGGACAAUCUGUGAUAACCGCUGCAGGGAACCUGCCCUGUAAGCAGGUCAUACAUACUGUGGGGCCACGAUGGAAUCCCAGUUCAUCAGAACGAAGUAAGAAUCUUCUUCGGACAGCGAUCACCAGCAGUUUAGAACUGGCUGCCAAGUACAGUCACAGGUCCAUAGCCAUUCCGGCUGUCAGCUCUGGUAUCUUCGGAUUUCCUAUACCUGUAAGUGCACAAAAUAUUGUAGAGGCCAUCAAAGACUACAUGGAAGGUAAAGGCAGAUCUAGCUCAGUGACUAAUAUCAAUCUGGUGGACACCAAAGAUGAAACCAUCGCCGCCUUCACCAAGUCUCUCAAGGAACAUUUCGGAGCCCAGAACUCGCCAAGAAACUUAGCGAUGGAGGUGAUGGCACCAUCCAGCAGAGAGCAAGGAGCAGCUGCAAGCCAAUCGAUAGGCAACGUAACCCUGGUCGUCCAAGUCAAGGAAGGACUCCUUCAAGAUGCCACAACAGGUGUCAUUGUGAACAGUGUGGGGAAGGACCUCCGGCUGGACAGCGGUGGAGCAUCCAAAGCGCUUUAUGAGAAGGCAGGACACCAGCUACAAGUGUCCCUACAGAAUAAGGCAUCCAGAGCGGCUAAUGCCCACGUCUUUGUCACUCGGGGCUACAAUUUGUCCUGUGACAUUGUCAUCCAUGUGGUCGUUCCUUUCUGGGAUGGAGGAAAAGGCUUCUCCGAACAGAUCUUCAGACAGACAAUCCAGACCUGCCUGAACACAGCCGAGGAGAGACGGCUCCGCUCCAUAACGUUUCCCGCCAUUGGAACUGGAAAUCUGGGCUUUCCUAAGCACCUUGUGGCGGCGUUCAUGUUUGACGAAGUUUUCAAAUUCAGCUCCUCGUCCGGAAAUCGCUUCCUUCAAAAAGUGACCUUCAUGCUGCAUCCAAAUGACAAGGAGACGAUUAAGGAAUUUUACAAAGAACAAAAUGCAAGAAAGACGAAUCCUGCGCUGAGCAAUCAGGUGUCCACACCAGCCUCCGAAGCCGAGCUGCCGCCCCCGCCGCGCUCAGACACGGCUUUCUAUGGGGCAGCGAAUACCCUGAAUCUGGGAGUUUAUGAAAUGAGGGUCGGAUCCAUCACCUAUCAGGUGAAGACGGGCGACAUAACCAAGGAGGACACAGAUGUCAUUGUCAACUCAACAGAUCAACAGUUUAACCUCAGAUCAGGGGUCUCUAAAUCCAUCCUGGAGGCGGCGGGGCCCGGUGUGCAGGCGGAGUGCGCUCAGCUCGCAUCCCUAAACAAGAAGAGCAGCCAUAUUACCACUCAGAGCGGAAAUCUCCUCUGCAAGCAGAUCCUUCACGUCGUGGGCAGGAAUUCAGCAGAAGGAAUCGGAGACUUUGUGGCAGAGUCCCUCCAGGAGUGCGGGAACCUCCAGGCCUCGUCCGUCGCCUUCCCGGCCAUAGGCACAGGUUUGGGCAAAGUGUCCUCGGCCGUGGUGGCGGACAUCAUACUAGAAGCUGUAACGGAAUUCGCCAAGUCCAAGGCGGCGCCGUGUCUGCAGAUGGUGAAAGUGGUCGUCUUCCAGCAGCAAAUGUUAGAUGACUUCUACAACAGUAUGAAGAAGAAGGAAGGCACCGACCUGCCCAAGAGCACCUCACUGCUCUCCAGAAUAACCAACUCCGUCGUCAAUUAUUUCACAUCAAGACCCGGAGCAGAGAAGAAACAAAAAGUGUUUCACUUACGGGAGAACAUAGAGCCGGCGAUAUUCCACCUGUGCGCGGGGAACAGGAAAGACGUGACAGACGCAUCCACCUGGCUGCGGGAUCUAAUACUGAAGGAACAGUACGAGAACGAGAUCACCGAUGACUGGAUCCUGGAGUUUGAUGAGCAGGACCAUCACGCCUUGUCCCAGGACCAAAGGAGACUCCAAGUGUUGCUUUCCUUCGAAUCUCUUGGUUCCACAGUUAAAAUAAGUGGCCUCACCAGAGACGUCCUAGAGAUGACCAACAAAAUCCAGCUCAUGAUCAAGAAGGUGCGGGAGAAUAAGACCAAGGAGCGGGAGGCCGAGCUCUGCAGUAACCUGGUGGAGUGGAGAUAUCACAACGGCACCAAGUUUGUUCAGUUUGAUCGAAUGACAAACCUGGAGCUGGAAAAGGCCAAGAGCACCAACACACAAAGUCUGAAGAUCGACGUGUCCGGAGUGACCUACACCGUCCUACUGGAGCGGAACUGCAUGCGGGACCCCAGAGGAAAGGAGGCCGAGAUUGAGAGAAUUCCUAAACACGGACAAUUCGAGCUUCCUGCCAACUGGACGGCGAUGAGUAACAAAGACGUGAUGACGGUCCAAUUAACGCAUGGAAAUCAAGAAUACAACGACGUUGAGACGCAAUUCAAGAUGUCGUGUCAGAUGAAAAUAGUGAAAAUCGAGAGAAUUCAGAACAAGAAUCUGUGGAUGAAUUACCAGAUAAAGAGACAAGCGAUCGACACCAAGAACGGGACGACGACGACCAAUGAGAAACGGCUCUUCCAUGGGACCGACUCCAAUACCAUCCAAACCGUCAACCACAAUGGAUUCAACCGAAGCUACGCGGGGAGGAACGCGGCUUGUUAUGGAAAUGGGACGUAUUUCGCAGUGGAAGCAAAUUACUCAGCACAUGACGGCUACUCCAAACCAGAUCCAAAUGGCCUUAAAUACAUGUACCUGGCCCGGGUCCUCACCGGCGUGUACUGUGCUGGACAGAAGGGAAUUGUGGCUCCUCCAGCCAAGAACCCAGCCAACCCCACCGAACUGUACGACAGCGUCACCGACAACCCGGCCAAGCCUUCCAUGUUUGUGAUAUUCCAUGACAUCCAGGCGUACCCCGAGUAUCUCAUCACCUUCACCAGAUAAUUGUCCUCCCAGAUAUAUGUAUUCCUAUCUUCCAUUAGAGCUGCCACUGUCUUCCAGGGUCCGGCUGUAGUUAUGGGUCUUUACCUGAGACGUCAGGGCUCCAUGUGACACACGGCACCUUCCUCUGUUCUCCCCUCAUAUAGGCGAUGGACUUUCAUCCCAAUGUCAUUGCUGGGGGUUGUCCUCCUCCUCCUCCUUCUGCCCUUCUAUAUAGCAUGGACAUGUUUCUCCAUACCUCAUGCUCAUCUUCCCAUACAUCAGUUAUUUGGAUUGCUGGACCUUGUAAACCGUAUAACACUGCCCUUCUUUGACCAUCAUGGCUUCCUCUGGAGCUUUCUCAGGCCACAUCCCUCACACUGUGGAAGCACAUAGAUGCCGUAUCUCUCCUCACACUGAGCGGGCAUAACUCAAUGCUGUCUUCCUGCAUAGUAACUGAUGUGUAUGAUCAUCCAUGAAAGGGGAAUGUCACCUUGACCAGGUGAGAGACUCUUACAUGGAUCAAUGGUUGGGCAGAUGGAGGUUCUUCAGAAUUAGUUCUUGGGAGGUUUUCAGUCUGAAUGGGCCUGUUCCUCUAUGUGCACUAUAUGCAGUACAUUAUAUUGUGCCUUUCUCCUAAUCAAACCUUUAAUAAACAUGAUUAAGAGGA